AUGAGUGAGUCGGACGCUCCCCAGGAGUUUAAGGUGCGACAGCCCAUCAACGAGACGUUCAAUGCCGGCGCUGUGAGCGCUCUUGUUGGUCUCGCUGUGAGCGCUGUGCAAAACAGCUUGCAAAAGCACAAGGCUGGUGCUAUGGGUGUGUUCACCCGCACGGGCUCGACGAUUGCGCUGUUCACUUUGGUGGGCGGUGCAUUUGCAUACGCUGAUGCGAUGGUAGCGAACUACCGCCAGAAGGAAGAUGGCUGGAACGGUGCUAGCGGCGGUUGUGCUGCUGGUCUUGUCAUGGGCGCAGCGACACGCUCGAUGCCUGCGAUGGCUGGCUCGUGUGUCGGUCUCGGUGCUUUGGUGGGCACGUUCCAGGCGGCUGGCAACUCGCUGCUCAACCAGGCGGGUAUCCGUCCAAGUGUGGGUGAGGACAAGCCAGACGCGGAAAGCCCGCUGAGCAUUUUUGCGCAGGAGAGGCGUCAGCGCUUCUUCAAGAAGCCAGCGUCGGAGUAA